ACCUCAUUUAUCCACCAAACAAGCCAAAGCUCAAUCCUUUUACGUAAGCAAAAACGAUGCUACAUCUUCAGCAUAAUAUUUAAUAUAAAUUUUAGAUCAAUGCUCGUUUAUCAGGAUCUUCUCACAGGUGAUAAGCUUCUCUCCGACUCAUUCCCAUACAAGGAAAUCGAGAAAGGGAUGUUGUGGGAAGUUGAGGGAAAGUGGGUUGUUCAGGGAGCAAUUGAUGUAGACAUUGGUGCGAACCCUUCUGUAGAAGGUGGAGAAGAAGAUGAAGGUGUUGAUGACCAAGCUGUCAGGGUUAUCGAUAUUGUUGACACAUUUAGGCUUCAGGAGCAUCCUGCUUUUGACAAAAAGCAGUUUGUUACCUACAUGAAGAGGUACAUCAAAUUGCUGACACCCAAAUUGGAGCCAGAGAAGCAAGAGUUGUUCAACAAGCAUAUUUAAGGAGCUACCAAGUUCCUGCUUUCAAAGCUUAGUGACCUCCGAUUGUAUGUUCAUCUUUAUGCUUCUCAAAAUAACUAAAUAAGAAAAGAAAAGCGAAGUCUAACUGGAGGUUUUUUGAAAAUUCUCAUGAUUUAACAUUCAAUUUCCAAGUUGACACCUAUUCUGACUAUGUUGAGCUUGUAUUGUUACUUAGUGGGAGAAAGCAUGCAUGAUGAUGGCAACCUGGUAUUUGCAUACUACAAGGAAGUGCAAAUGGGCUCAAAGAAGUCAAGUGUUAAGAAAGGAAUCUCACACUGUAGCUGGCUUGAAGUGGAUGUGCUAUUUGUACUAUGAGAAGAUUUAGCAUAUGUUAUUUAGAUUUUAUAAUGCCUUCAGCGGUAAUAGCUUGUAGUAUGUUUUGGGAUUUUAGAGUAAUGAGCUCAAUAUGCUUUGGCUAAGCUUAGAAAUAAAGUCCUUAUUCUUUGCUUCGGAAAA